AAAAGCCACUUUUUCUAAAAGUGGAACGACGCCUCGCAACAACUCCCAGCGUACACCCUCCCAACAACUCCCAACUCCAGAGUACAAUGGAAGAUGGUGAAUGGGUUCUGGUACGGCACCCCUCAGAGAAGGAUUCCUGUGAACCAACCGCACUUGAUACACAGACUUCGAACGCUCUCAAGGUCAGGUUCGCCGGGCCAGCCAAGGACUGGACCGAUGCCAUUCCGAUCGGCAAUGGCCGACUCGGUGCCAUGGUGUGGGGCGGCGUUGCAUCCGAGACUCUCAAUCUCAAUGAGGACACGCUUUGGACUGGCAUUCCUAGGAACUACACAAAUUCAGAUGUUCCAGAGGUACUAUCUGAGGUCAGGAAGCUUGUUGAUGAUGGCCAGUAUGUUGAAGCUACGACUAAAGGGGUCAAAUUGUUAGGCGACCUUUCUGAAGUUUACCAGCUUCUGGGUGAUAUCAACCUAGAAUUUGAUGAUUCGCAUGCUGCAUAUGAUGUAGAAACAUAUCAGAGAGAGCUGGACUUGGAUACUGCAACAGCAAAAGUGAAAUAUUCCGUAGGUGAAGUUGAAUUCAUGCGGGAACAUUUUGCCUCAAAUCCAGAUCAAGUGAUCGUGGCAAAGAUUUCUGGAAGCAAACGAGGGUCUCUCUCCUUUACGGUGGCUGUAGACAGCAAGCUACAUCAUCAUUCAUAUGUAAAUGGAAAAAACCAGAUUAUAAUGGAAGGAAGCUGCCCUGGUAAAAGAAUCCCACCAAAAGUGAACCAAGAUGACAAUCCGAAGGGAAUUCAGUUUUCUGCUGUUCUAGAUUUACAAAUUAGUAACGGUGUGGGUGCUAUACAUGUUUUGGAUGACAAGAAAUUAAGGGUUGAGGGCUCAGAUUGGGCUGUUAUGUUUCUGGUGGCAUCAUCUUCAUUUGAUGGACCAUUCACUAAACCAGUAGAUUCGAAAAGGGAUCCUACUUCAGAGUGUCUAAUUGCACUGAAAGCAAUCAGAAACUUUUCAUAUGCUGAUCUUUAUGCGCGGCAUUUGGAAGACUAUCAAAAACUUUUUCACCGCGUCUCACUGCAUCUUUCAAAAGGCUCCAAGAGUGUUAGAGAAAAUGAGUCUUCAGAUAUGAAAAACCUUUUGCCUUGUGCGAUUGAUGUAUGUUUAGAAGGUAGUGGCAAUGGGAUAGUUUCAACUGCGGAGAGGGUGAAAUCUUUUAAAGCUGACGAAGAUCCUUCUAUGGUGGAGCUUUUAUUCCAGUAUGGUCGAUAUCUGCUUAUUUCUUGUUCACGACCUGGGACUCAGGUGGCAAACCUGCAGGGUAUAUGGAACAAGGAUAUCGAACCAGCAUGGGAGUGUACUCCUCACUUGAAUAUUAAUCUUCAAAUGAACUACUGGCCUUCCCUUCCUUGCAACCUUCCUGAGUGCCAGGAGCCCUUGUUUGACUACAUAUCAUUUCUGUCAGUCAAUGGGGCUCAAACGGCCCAAGUGAACUACAAAGCAAGUGGUUGGGUUGUACAUCAUGUAUCUGAUAUAUGGGCGAAAACAUCUGCACUGCAAGGAAAGCCCGUAUGGGCUUUAUGGCCAAUGGGCGGAGCAUGGCUUUGCACUCAUCUAUGGGAGCAUUAUGCUUAUACAGCGGACAAAGGUUAUCUAGAGAAAAAGGCAUAUCCGUUGCUGGAAGGAUGUACUUCGUUUCUGUUGGACUGGUUGAUUGAAGGCCAAGGAGGAUAUCUUGAAACCAACCCAUCAACCUCUCCAGAACAUGACUUUAUUGCCCCGGAUGGCAGGACUGCUAGUGUGAGCUACUCAUCAACCAUGGAUAUGGCAAUCAUAAGAGAAGUUUUCUCUGCAGUUGUUACCGCUGCCGAGGUGUUGGGUAAAACUGAGGAUGAUCUGAUCGAAAGAGUUCGUAAAGCUCAACCCCGGCUUUAUCCAACAAAAGUUGCUGGGGAUGGAUCCAUUAUGGAAUGGGCCCAGGAUUUUAAGGACCCAGAGGUGCACCAUCGGCAUCUAUCACAUCUAUUUGGCCUGUUUCCAGGACACACAAUAACUACUGAGAAAACUCCUGACCUAUGUAAAGCUGCAGCUUAUACGCUCCUCAAAAGAGGGGAGGACGGUCCAGGAUGGUCAACCACUUGGAAAGCUGCUCUAUGGGCACGUCUUCGCAACAGCAAGGAUGCGUACAGGAUGAUCAAGCAUUUGUUUAUAUUGGUGGAACCUGAUCAUGAUAUCGGUUUUGAAGGUGGACUUUACAGUAACCUCUUCGCUGCACACCCACCUUUCCAAAUUGAUGCCAACUUCGGGUUUUCUGCAGCAGUAUCUGAAAUGCUUGUCCAGAGCACAAUGAGGGAUCUCUACUUACUUCCCGCUCUUCCACGAGAUAAAUGGGCUAAAGGCUGCGUAAAAGGAUUGAAGGCGCGCGGGGGUGUGACAGUCAACAUAAGCUGGAAUGAAGGAGAUCUUCAAGAAGUCGGCCUUUGGUCGAAGAAUCAGAACUCUGUUGAAAGAUUACAUUACGGAGGAAUUACGGUCCCUGUGAAAAUGUCACCUGGGACUAUUUACAGGUUUGACGAACACUUAACAUGCGUGAAGACAUACUCUCUGGAGGAAGCAGGUUUUCCGUGAAUUAUAUAGGAUCAGAGUGUUCUUAUGAAGAGCCUUCUUUUUCUGAAUUUCUAUUUAAUAUGCAGUGAACUUGGAAGACCUUCAACUUGAUGUACCAUUUGUCGAUUUUUUUUAUAAUAAAAUAUUACUUUGCGAUUAAAAAUACAAAACAGAACUUGUAAGACUUCUUUGGUAGCAAUUUACAUUUUCUUUGGGUA